AUGUCUACAACGACAACUACAUCUACCCACCAAACAGUGAUAGGGGAAUGGCGCGAUAACCCUGCCAGCGAUGCCACUGACGUUCCAUUCCAGGCCCUCGCGAGAGGUGACAAGAACGGGGUACUGAAGUUGAGGGGUAUCCCAACUUUCAGAGAUCCAUAUGCAAAGCGCCAGUGGAUUCGGGAGCAUAUGGCAGCCGCGUUCCGUUUCUUUGGAAAGCAGGGAUAUGGAGAAGGUGUAUCAGGCCAUAUUUCUGUCCGCGACCCUAUCCUGCCGGAGCACUUUUGGAUGAACCCCUUUGCGAUGCACUUCUCUCUCAUCAAGGCUUCAGAUUUGGUUUUGGUUGACGCACACGGUUGGGUUACAGAUGGCGGCAACCAAGCUAUGAUCAACGAGGCGGGAUUCAUGAUCCACUCUGAGGUUCAUCGUGCACGCCCAGAUGCUAUUGCAGUGGCCCAUGCCCAUAGCAUCUACGGGAAAACAUGGAGUGGAUUUGGCAAGCCGAUUGAGAUGCUCACGCAGGACGCAUGCAAUCUUUACGGAAAGGUCGGCGUGUAUGAAGAGCACGGUGGCAUUGCUCUUGCUGAAGAAGAAGGUCGCGCUAUUGCAAAGGCCCUUGGAAAGCAUAACACAGCUGCUAUUUUGCAGAAUCAUGGAUCGAUUACAAUUGGUAAGACGGUUGAUGAGGCAGCGUUCCUAUUUUACAGCUUGGAGCAGGCCUGUCAAUCGCAGUUACUAGCCGAGGCAGCUGCCGCGAAUGGCGUUGACAAGAAGGUGAUUUCCAACGAGGUUGCUCAAUUCACUGCGGACUCGGUGCAAACUCCGAACAACUUCUACCUGGAAUUCCAGCCCGAGUUUGAUUUGAUCGUGGCUGAGUCGGGAGGAAAUGUCCUCCAGUAG